AUGGAUGUGCACAUCCAGGAAGGAGAGAUUACAUGCCCAGAAAACAGCCAUUAUGAGUCAUGUGCUACUGCCUGCCCUGCAAGUUGUGCAGAUUCAACGGCCCCUCUGUACUGCAAUCAGCCCUGCAGGGAGAGCUGUGUUUGUAAUAAUGGCUAUAUUCUAAGUGGAGGAAGAUGCAUUCCUUUGAAUCAGUGUGGCUGUCUUUAUCAAGACCGUUAUUUCAGUAUCGGAGAAGAAGUAAUUCUAAAUGAAGACUGCUCUACUAAAUGUAGAUGCAUAAAUGCCAAUACUGGAAUGCAAUGCCAAAGCUAUCAAUGUUCUAUGUAUGAAGAAUGCAAGAUAAUGAAUGGUGUCCGUGGCUGCUACCCACUGCAGUAUGGAACAUGCUGGGUAUCAGGUGAUCCCCAUUAUAGUACUUUUGAUCAACAUUAUUUUGAUUUCCAAGGAACAUGUACAUACACCCUUAGCAAAUACUGUGGAAUAUCAGACAGCCUUACGAACUUCUCCAUCAGUGUAACAAAUGACAAUAGAGGAAGUACAAGUGUGUCAUGGACUCGGCAAGUACAACUCAGCAUCUAUAAUCAUCAAAUAAAGAUGUCUGUUGGAGAGUAUGGCAGAGUGAAGGUUGAUGAAUCUGUUGUGAAUCUUCCAGUUUUGCUUGAAUCAGGUGCUAUCCACAUUUACUACACUGGAUCAGCGGCUACUAUUGAGACAGAUUUUGGUCUUUCUUUGUCAUAUGACUGGAAUCACUUAGUUACAGUAAAACUGCCUGGGACAUACUCAGGGCAGCUUUGUGGCCUUUGUGGAAACUAUAAUGGGGACAUCAGUGAUGAAUUCAUCAUGCCAGAUGGUUCAAUGGCUCAGAACGCAAUCAGCUUUGGAAACAGCUGGAUAAAUCCAUACUCGCCUAUUUCAUGUCUCGCUACUAAUAAUGAGCCUGUGUGUUCUGCAUAUAGCAAAAGCCAAUAUAGCUCACUAACUCAAUGUGGGGUGAUCACAAAUGCUGAUGGCCCCUUUAGAGCUUGCCAUAGCCAAGUUGACGGACAGACCUACUUUGACAACUGUAUUUAUGAUCUGUGUGCUACAAAUGGAGAUCCUGCAACUCUAUCUCAUUCUGCUAGAUCUGUUGCUUCUUCUGGUGCCUUUUGA